UGCAGCAGAGGUGGCAACACUGUGGCAUCACAACACUGGCGGGGUUGAUUCUCAUUCUCAUCUUCCUCUGUUAUUUUUAGCCGUUUUUUUUAUGUGUUUGGGAGGACUUAACUACAGCAAUGGCUAAUGAUUCGAGGCCCCAGUUCGGAAAAGGCAUCCCCAGAUUCCUCAUCUCCGGGGUUCAGAAUCAGGAUGAGCUGCUGUCUCUCCACAACGGCAUAGUGUCUUUGGGUGGCAGGAUUGAGGAUCUCUACAAGAGCAAAUUUACAGGAAUAUGUACGCACGUCAUUGCCAAAGAAUUUAGUACGACUGAAAAGGUCCUUGGCGCUUUGGCAGGAGGUAAAUGGUUGCUGAAACCUGAAUAUGUCAUAGACAGUGUCAAGCAAGGUCGCUGGCUGGCAGAAAGUAACUAUGAACUACAAAACCAGAAUGAAGUGGCCAAACAUUGCCGUCUGUUCAGAAAGAGGAAGGGAAAACUCAUCUUUGAGGGAUGGACCAUGUUUAUAAUUCUGGAGAAUAAGAUAAAGGCUAGAUCAUUUCGUAGGAUUGCAGCUGGUGGUGGUGCCGAAAUAGCAUCUCCAUCAGAAAUGUCAAAAGUUGAUCUAGUCAUAAGCGAUGCUGUCAUGGUGAACACUGCCAGGUCAUUGGUCGGAUGCAUCACUCCAAUUGUUAGUAUGGACUAUAUCAAGGAUACUCUCUUACUGAAAGCUGACCCAUUGGACCUUCGACGCUAUGUGAUUGAUGGGACUGGGAACACCUACCUUCUUAGGAAAUAUAAUGCUGUGUCAUCAACAGCUGUUGCAGUUUCUGAAGAGGUCAUUGAAAUUGACGACGACUUUCAGGUGACCCUUCCAGCCGAAGUUCCCAGCAGUGUUGCAAGCCAGUUUAAGGUUCAAACUGAAGUAUCAUCUCGACUGAACCAGUGGUUGACAAAGUCUCCCGGCAAAAAUCUGUGUGCCUCGUCUCAGGUUUGUCAAGAACCAGGGAAGAAUAUGAAGAGGAAAUUCCUGAACAUUCCUUUUACCCCAGAAAAGCAUUAUUCUAUUUUAAACUAUUUUGAGAGCGAGGCCAAACAUCUUGGGAAUGCUGGCAGUAGUUCCGUGAGAAGAUUAAUACAAGGUGAAGAGCAGAGAGGGAAUUUUCAACCGCAGGGUGAUGAAGUGGUAGUUGUGGAUGAGAUACAAGGUAAACCAGCUCAAGCAGGCAAUGAUGAUGACUGCUUCAUAACUGGUGUAGUCGGGUCUGGGAAGUGUCUGCCUAAGAAAAGAUAUGUAAGCUUUGAUUUUACGGAAAAGGAGCGUCUGCACAUUAGAACUAGAUAUAAUGAACUAGUUGAGAAAAAUAAACUCAGACAAGCAGAGAAAAAUACAAAAAGUAUCAGUAGUAAUGACAUUUCCUCUUCAAAGUGUUAUGAUAUAACUUCAAAGCAAGACACUGGCAAUAAAAGUUUCUCGAGAAAUGAACAAGUAUGUACCCGGAACUUGACAAAUAGUUCUUCAUUAUCUAAUAAUUCAAAGUCACAAUUUGUUCCAGCCUGGAUGUUAAAAGAUGUCCGCGUUAAUCUUGGCACCAGAAUUGACGAAUUGCAGAAUAAUUGCAAGAAAGGGAAACGGCCAUCUGUCAGUUGCGAGGGAGUGAAGCCUGGGCGAACUCUCAUUGGAGAAAGUGAUUCAACUUGCCAGUUGGUAAUAACAGAAGAUGAUUUAAAGAAGGCCCUGGUGACAAUGAUUAAAUCUGCCUCUCUCAAUAACAUAGCUGUAUAUUGUGCUGACAUCUCUCAGUGUUUGAUAGAUUCUCAAAGUGAUUCUCAAAACAAUACUUCAUGUGAUGAGACAGAAGACUUAGACAGUGAUCAAAUGUUGUAUCCUCCGAAUCAUAUUAAGUGUUCUAGUGAAAUUAGAGAACUAACUGUUUAUGAGACCUCGUAUUAUGAGUCCAGUUUAGACGACGUGCGGGAAUACGAACACAUUGUUCAUGGUUUGGAGUCCUUGUACCUGAACAUAUCACCAAAUACUUACCUUCCUGUUCAGCUGUUUGCUGAUCUUUUGAAGAAAUUUGUUUUUGAGACUUGUUUCAGAAUUGUGCAUUCGCGAAGCCUUGGACUUGCCUAUUAUAUUUUGGCAUUCCACCCUCCAGUUAAUUCCAGUAUGCGAGCCUAUUACCUCAGAGUCUUGAAUUCUACCAUGCAGAAUCAGAGCCGGGUUUUCAUGGGGCUUGGAAAUUCUACACUCGUUUUUAGAAGCCUGCGACCACUUGGACCUAGAGGAAAGGGCCUUUCUCGAGUUCUAAAAAUUUCUUCCAUUCGCAGAGAGACUGUGAUGGGACUUCUUACUUGGCGAGUAUUUUGGGGUGAUUCACGGAGUCCUGCAGCAACUAUGCCGGUCAAGCAGCUCAUUCAGUUCUGGGUCUCAAUGGCAUCAGCCCCCUCAGUGAUUAAGCAUUAUUUAUCACAACUUGUGUGCAUGCUACUGGAACUUGCAUGGAGAUCCAACAAACAGUUUCUGAUCCCAUCUGGUCCAUUGCCAGAUUCUCUUCUUGCUACUGGCAAUGAGAUGCAUCUUCGAAUGAAAGAUUAUGAUUCACGCCAUACCAUCAAGCUCAUCUUGGAUCUUUCAUCCCCAUGGGCAAAAAUGGUUGUUUGUUCCAUUAUUUUCCAGAGAGUAGCAGGGGUACAAGAUCGAGCUAUCACUCUUGCAGAUAUUAAAUCCCAGCAUGACAAAGCAAGCACACCGUUUUCACCUACUAGGUCUCAGUUGUCCACACCGCCUGCCAAAAGAGGCUUAAGCCCUCAUUUAAUUAACAAGCAGAACCAUAAAGGAGAAACACCUCUCAUUCGUGCUUGCAUGAAGAACAAUGUGAAGCGAGUGCAGGAGAUUCUCAAAGUGCCGGGUGUUGACAUCAACAUUACUGAUAACUCUGGCUGGACAGCCAUACAUGAAGCAGUUAUAUGUGGCUAUGAUCAGUGUGUCGAGCUUCUCCUCAACCAUAAUUGUCACGAUGUGGUCAACACCAAGAAAACUAUGUACUCCUAUGUCAAAAAAUGUGAGAAUUCACUUGGUGUGAAUGUGCGAGCAAGGGGUGGAGAUGAUAAAAGAACACCUUUACACGAUGCAGUUGAAUCGAACCAUCUUAGCACUGCUAAGUUGCUUCUUGAUUAUGGAGGUGGUGAUUUACUGAAGGAUAAAACUAAAGGAGGCAAGACCCCAUUAAAUUUAGCGACGACUACAGAAAUGCGGCAGCUCUUGAAUUCGUACAAAGGAGCACCGCCGUCUUUGGCUGCCAAGAAGAAUAAUGAGCUACAUAAACUAAAGUCCAGAGUUAUAUCUCCAGAUUUUAGCAUGCCCAGUGGCAUUCUUCCCAACCUUGAAGACCAGAUGACAUUUAUCCUUGCCUAUGUGAAUAGCUAUAUGGAAGUGUGUGGUAUUAGACAUCUUGAAUAUGUAUUUCUUAGAGAACUUAGGAAAGCUAGUGGGAACCAUUUGGCAGAGAAUGCUAUAUCUGGUGAUACACAGGCUAAUUGUAAUAUGACAGCAGGUGCUACUGAGGCUACCCAGGGUGAAGCGCAACCUACCUAUGAUCGGUUAAAAAGAUUUAGAACUCAGGGUGGUAAAUCUGUGUACGCCAGAGUUAAGCAGCUCUUUAGCGAAUCUGAAACGCCUACCCAUCUGGAGAAAGCCUUUGUUGAUGAAAAGUAUGAUAAUUGGAAGCUGGAUAUGCUAACCUGUAAGGAUAAGAACUUGGAACAGCAUGUUGAAGAUGAGACAGAUUUUGAACGAGAGCUUAGAGCCAUGUUUAUUUGAGAAUUGUUUUGUUAGGAUCACAUGUACCUGUUUUGUAGUCUUGUAACUGGACUACAUAGUAAAAUGUUACUGAAUAUGUAAAAUAAGCUUGGUACUUAUUAUUUUUUAAUGCCUUUUAAAACAUUUAUUCUGCUUAUAUUGUUUAUCCUUGUUUUUUAUUUUUUAUAGAAAUUACAAUUCGUAAAUUGCUUUAUAUAUUUCCUAUGCUUUAUCUUUAAAUUUCUAUGGAACAGAAAAGUGAAGAAACAUAAAAAAUUAUCCUAAUUUAAUCACAUUAAUCCUGAAGACUGUUCGGGUAAAAUUGUAGUAAAGUAAAUAAUAAUAGUUCUUUAUUUUUAUGCAAGGAUUUGUUCCAUAUGUUUUGUGUAAUAAAAAUGUUUACCAAUGCAAGGAGACCCAGCUUACAAAUGUCUCAAGUUACACUCAUCUGUACUUAGAAAGUUUAAAACCACUUAGCUUAAAAAUAACUUAGUUUAGAAACCACUUAGAAAGUUUAGAAACCAAUUAGUAAGUUCAGAAACCACUUAGUUUUACAACUUUUGCACUAUAGUACAAACAAUUGUGAAACAAGUACACUUUGUAAUGUUCGUUAUACAAGCAACCAGUUCGUUGUUAAGUGGGAAUGUCAGUAACAUGGCAGCUAAUUCAUAAAUUGACAUACUAGGAGCAAAGCUAGUUGGUAAGCGGAAGAACCAGCAACACAACUAACCUGCAGGUUUAAACUAGAAAUGCGACUUUUCAAAUUUUAUGAGUCAGGAACACUUCUAGUUUGUAAGUUAAGGAUCUCUUAGAGCUGUAUUGAUGGUAAUAAUGCAGAACAGUAUUUGUCAGAUAGCACUUUAGGCUUUUAUAUUAGAAAGUACAGUUCUUACAUGAAAGUUACAUAAGUAAAACAUUUAUCAAUUGAGUGCUGCCAUUUUAUAGUACAUUUAACCUUGUAAAGCAACUAUGCUUAACACUUUUUGACUUGAUGCCAUUUACAAAUUAUAGUAUUUCUUUAACCCUUUCAGGGUCCGUCCCGUAGAUCUACGGCUUUAUGUUCAGGGUCCAAACCGUAGAUCUACGUCAUGAGCUCAGCUCACUCUGAUAAACUGUGAGUGGUACAUUUGGGCCUAGAUAUGAGAGAAUACAUCUAUGUGGUAUGUGUGCACCACAUAAAACAGAUCCUGCAGCACACUGUGUAUAAUGAGAGAAAAAAAAACUGAAAUCAUGAUUUUUCGAUUAAAACAGCGACUUUGCAGUGUUUUUUCGUAUGUUUUUUAUAGUUGUAUUUGUGAUUUCUUGGUCUCAUUUGAUAGAAUGGAAGACAUAUUACAGAAAUAGAGAUGAUUUUGAUUGGUUUUAGCACUGGAAAUGGCUUGAAACUGAGCUCAAAGUAGCGGAAAUGUUAAAUUUUUGCCGAUAUUCAAGAGUAAACAAACGACCUCACACAUCUAAUACACACCAGCUGGUGGGUCUAAUAUACAUUCACAAAUAUGGUGAUGAUAUUUAUACUCUUAUAAAUAUCAUCACCAUAUUUGUCACCAUUUUUGUCACCCUGCCUCGGUGGGAGACGGCCGACUUGUUGAAAAAAAAAAAAAAAAAAAAAUUUAUACUCUUAUUACAGUAUUGCAUAACAGUAAAUCUAUUUUUUGGUGUGAAUAAAAAUUCAUUAUGUGAAUAAAAAAUCAAAAUGGAAUUUAUUUGUAAAGCCUCAAAACGUAACUAAUGAACAGAGGAAACGUUAGUUUAGUUCCAGGAAUACCUACAUUGUUUAUUCUGGACCCCAUUUUGAAAUUGGAAUAUUUUGAACUUUGUGUUAAAUUGGCCAAAUUAACAAUUUCUGAUCACUUUAUUUUGUAGUUGAAACAGUUGACUUGGUGAUUUCUUGUGCUCAAUCGAUAGAAUAGAAGUAAUACUAGUGAAAUAGCUAAGAAUUUGGUUGACUGGAAUAAUAUAAUUGGCCUAAACUGGGAGUCGAAGUCGGCAAAAUCGCAGAUUCGUAAAUAUCGCUGACACAUCAAAAUUCGCGAGAGCAUAAUUUCGUCAAUUUUCUAUCAAAUUUCGUACUUUUUAUUUUAUUACCUUCACAAAAAGAUUCUACCAUUUCAUAAGAAAAAAUAAAAAUUUUUUUUUUUUUAAAUUCUUGGACACUGGGGCACCACUUCAGAUUUGGGCCUUGGACCCUGAAGGGGUUAAUAACACUACAAAACCCUUGUAUAAUGGUUCGAGAAUCUAUGAAAAAUUAACCUGCGAAUGUUGGUAGCAGAUGCCAUAAUUUUUACAGUCUGUUCUUGGGAUACAAAGCCUCCCACUGAAUGGGAGCAAAGUACUAGACUAACAUUUUGUACAAAUCAAAAGUUUUUUAAGAUUACAUUCCUUAUGAAUCUCAAUUUGUAGAAAGUUCUAUGCAUGAAAAGUUUGAAGAAAACAUUUAGUGCAUUAAUAAAAAGAAUACUUGAAAGUUCAGUAGAAGAUGAAUAGGAUUAAUCCAGAAAGUAGGUACAUGACUGCUUAAUGCAUGGGAAUAUGUAAUUAGUGUAAUUAUGAUGUAUAAUUUAAGGUUACCUUUCUUCGGGGUACAUGUAGUUUACUUUAAAACCUUUAAGUAAACUUUACAUAUCCUGAAGAAGAAAGAUUAGUAACCCAAUGUCUUUAACAGUCUUGUACCUACAGUUGUUGAAUAUUUUUUUUAUAAUUAUAUGACAAAAUUGUUUAAUGAGAAAGCUGCAUAGUGACAUCUAAACUGUCGUAUCUGAGUGUCUCGGCAAAGACAGUGAUUAUGUGUGAAUGAUGGUGAAAGUGUUUCACUUUGGGUCACCUUGCCUCGGUGGGAGAUUCCUGACGUGUUGAAAAAGAAAAAAAAAAUGUUCUAGACUUAGACUCGGUUGCUGGAGGCUUUAAGGACCAUCACUGCUUACCUUGUAUGAGCCCUCCACUCCACGGGGCACUGGUCUCAUACACCACAAGGAGUCGUGGCAUUUUAAAAAGUCAGUCGUGCCAUUUUAUCUCCAUACUUCUCCAUUUUUCCUGGUUAUUACUUACUCAAAUGCAUUCCUCUUUAGUUUAUACAUUUCUAGUAUAAGUAUGAUGAGUUCCUUUAAUUUUUGGGAAAAUGUGAUAAGGAAAUGUGGCCUUUAUUUUUCAAAUAUUUGUGUGUUUGCUGAGUGUUGAGUUUAUAACCUUCCCUACAUGCAGUACAGCUCAGUAGGGCUACAUCAACUCUAGAAUACUAGAUGAAAUUGAUUUAUGAUUUGACUUCUUUUUAGCACAUUGGCCGGUUCCCACCAAGGCAGGGUGACCCAAAGAGAAAGAAAAUCCCCAAAAAGAAAAUACUUUCAUCAUCAUUCAACACUUUCACCUCACACUUACAUAAUCACUGUCUUUGCAGAGGCGCUCAGAUACGACAGUGUAGAAGUCCCUCCAAACUGCCAAUAUCCCAAACCCCUUCUUUAAAGUGCAGUCAUUGUACUUCCCAUUUCCAGGACUCUAAUCUGGCUAACCAGUUUCCCUGAAUCCCUUCACAAAAUAUUACCCUGCUCACAUUCCAACUGCUCGUUAUGUCCCAAAUAUCAUUCGUCUUCAUUCACUCCUAUCUAACACGCUUGCACAUACUUGCUGGAAGGCCAAGCCCAUUGCCCACAAAACCCCCUUUACCACCUCCCUCCAACCUUUUUGAGGACAAUCCCUGCUCUGCCUUCCUUACCUAACUACAAAUUUAUACGCUCUCCGAGUCAUUCUACUUUGAUCCAUUCUCUCUUAAUGACCAAACCACCUCAACAACCCCUCUUCAGCCCUCUGACUAAUACUUUUAGUAGCUCCACACCUCCUCCUAAUUUCCACACUCCGAAUUCUCUGCAUAAUAUUUACACCACACAUUGCCCUUAGACAGGACAUCUCCACUGCCUCUAGCCACCUCCUCACUGCAGCAUUUGCAACCCAAGCUUCACACCCAUAUAAGAGUGUUGGUGCCACUAUAUUUUCGUACAUUCCCUUCUUUGCCUCCAUGGAUAACGUUUUUUUGUCUCCACAGAUCCCUCAGCGCACCACUCACCUUUUUUCCUCCAUCAGUUCUAUGGUUAACCUCAUCCUUCAUAAAUCCAUCUGCUGACAAGUCAACUCCCAAAUAUCUGAAAACAUUUACUUCUUCCAUACUCCCUCUCCCUCUCCCUUUCUUUAUCUAAAUUGUUUAAUACCCUCAUCACCUUACUCUUAUGUAUGUUCACUUUAAGAUGACAGUUAUCUGGAAUAUAUUCUUGGCAGGGAAGAGAGUCAGGGAAACUAGUUAGUUGGACUUGAGUCCUGGAGGUGGGAGGUUACAGUGCCUGCACUCUGAAGGAGAGGCAGGGAUAUUUACAUUUUGGAGGAGCAACUGAACGGUAGUGUCAGCGUGCCUCUGGCAAGACAGUUUUGAAGUGAACGAGUGAUGAUGAAAGUGUUUCUUCUCUUUUAGGUCACCCUGCCUCGGUAGGAGAUGGCUGAUGUGUUAACCCUUUGAGGGUUUUCGUCGUACUAGUACGUCUUACGCGUAGGGGUUUUUGACGUACUAGUACUCAUAAAUUCUAGCGACCUCAAAUCUAGUGGGAGAAAGCUGGUAGGCCUUCAUAUGAAAGAAUGGGUCUAUGUGGUCAGUGUGCACAGUCUAAAAAAAAUCCUGCAGCACACAGUGCAUAAUGAGAAAAAAAAAACUUUUUCCAUUUUUUUUUAAUAAAUCAGCGACUUUGCAGUGUAUUUUCGUAUGGUAUUUAUUGUUGUAUUCUAGUUUUUCUUGGUCUCAUUUUAUAGAAUGGAAGACAUACUACAGAAAUUGAGAUGAUUUUGACUGGUUUUACAAAGAAAGGUGCCUUGAAAUUGAGCUCAAAGUAGCAGAAAUGUUCGAUUUUUACCAAACUUCAAAAGUAAACAAAUCGUGCCAAGCGUGCAAUACACGUCAACUGGUGAGUCUAAUAUUCUUUCACAAGUGCACCAAUAAUAUUUAUACCAUUUUUACACUAAUGCAGUAGUCUGCAUAACAGUAAAUCUUAUAUUUUUUGUGAGAAUAAAAAUUCAAAGUGGAAAGCAAAAGAAUAUAAGAGGGGCCUUGAGACGUGACUAAUGACUAGAGGAAAUGUCAUUUUAGUGCCAGGAAUGUCUUUCUUGUUUAUUCUGGACCCUAUUCCGAAAUUGGCAUCUUUUGAAAUUUGUGUGAAAUUGGCAAAAUUGCUAAAUUCUGACCACUGUACUGGAUAGUUUGAAUUUAUAAAUGGGUGGUUUCUUGCACCCAUUCGAUAGAAAAAAUGGAGUUCUAGCGAAAUAUUCAUGUUUUUUGUCGACUAGUACAGUGAAAUUGGCCGAAAAUGGGGCUCAAAGUGGGCAAAAUCGCCGAUCCGUAAACAUCGCCGAGACUGCUAACUUUGCGAGAGCAUAAUUCCGUAAGUUUUCUAUCAAAUUUCAAACUUUUGGUGUCGUUAUGAUCGGGAAAAGAUUCUCUAUCUUUUCAUAAGAGAAAAUAAUUUUUUUUUUUUUUUAAAUUUGGCCGACCCUGAGAACGAGUUUCGGAGAGGGCCUGUCGACCCUCAAAGGGUUAAGAAAAACAAUGCAGUAUAUUAUUGAAAGAUUAAUUUCCAACACAAAUGUCUUUAUAAUUUUUUAAAAAUUUCGGUAUCCAUAUACUAGUACAUCUAUGAUGAGAACAAUAACCCCAUAAAGUAUUAUACAGGCUUUAAGUUUAUUUUUUUAACUGUUUUGAGUGUUUCCUCUGUUUACAGUUUAAUCAGGGUACAGUGACAAGAUACUAAUAAGUUUUUAACUAGUCAAUGGAAGAAUCAACCUUCCUUUCCUUUGCAGUUAAUCUAAUUAACUAUAUUAUAUAACUUUUAUUUCUUUCUGUCUAUGUAGGUUAUCAGGUUAUCAGCUUUCCUUCAAUAUUAUAGUAAUAGUUUUUCCAUUGUUCAUUCCAUAAUGUAGUAGCAUUUAGAAAGUUUUGUCAGCUCCCACUGUUUAUUCUUAUACUUAGAGUGAGCAUUCCAGAAAAUUAAUCCUAAGUUGAUUGUUCAGUAGAGGAGGGCCCCGCUGUUACAGCAGGUUAGGUUCCAGACUACUGCUGUAAAGCAAAAAUUGCUGUAAAGUGAAUCAGCCUUUUUUUCACUUUCAAAUGCAUAUAAAAUCCUGAUAACAUGUUUACACUAUCAUAUGUUUACACUAUCAUAUAUAGUAUAGGUAGGACUAAAAAAUAUUACAUUUACAGUACACACAUUGCUCAACUUUUUUAUUUUGUAAUAAUUUUGUGCAAAUUUGCCUGAAGGUUAUAAAUAAAACUUGAGAAAGACUUCAGGUUAAAAAAAAAUGGAUAAUAAAGUUUAAUGAGCAAGGUUAGAGAUUUAUCAAGCAUAAUGAAGUGGUGAUAUAGUGAGGUGGCACGCAGUCCUACCUUUAUAUAUCCCACCGAGGCGGGGUGGCCCAUAAGGAAAAACGAAAGUUCCUCCUUUUACAUUUAGUAAUAUAUAUACAGGAGAAGGGGUUACUAGCCCCUUGCUCCUGGCAUUUUAGUCGCCUCUUACAACACGCAUGGCUUACGGAGGAAGAAUUCUGUUCCACUUACCCAUGGAGGUAAGAGGAAAUAAACAAGAACAAGAACUAGUAAGAAAAUAUAAGAAAACCCAGAGGGGUGUGUAUAUAUAUGCUUGUGCACGUAUGUGUACAGCAAGCGUGCGUGAGCGUGUUAGAUAGGAGUGAAUGGAGACGAAUGGUACUUGGGACCUGACGAUCUGUUGGAGUGUGAGCAGGGUAAUACUUAGUGAAGGGAUUCAGGGAAACCGGUUAUUUUCAUAUAGUCGGACUUGAGUCCUGGAAAUGGGAAGUACAAUGCCUGUACUUUAAAGGAGGGGUUUGGGAUAUUGGCAGUUUGGAGGGAUAUGUUGUGUAUCUUUAUAUGUGUAUGCUUCUAAACUGUUGUAUUCUGAGCACCUCUGCAAAAACAGUGAUAAUGUGCGAGUGUGGUGAAAGUGUUGAAUGAUGAUGAAAGUAUUUUCUUUUUGGGGAUUUUCUUUCUUUUUUGGGUCACCCUGCCUCGGUGGGAGACGGCCGACUUGUUGAAAAAAAAAAAAAAAAAAAACACGUAUGUGUAGCGUGACCUAAGUGUAAGUAGAAAUAGCAAGACGUACUUGAAACCUUGCAUGUUUAUGAGACAGAAAAAUGGACACCAGCAAUCCUACCUUCAUGUAAAACAAUUACAGGCUUCGUUUUACACUCACUUGACAGGAUGGUAGUACCUCCCUGGGCGGUUGCUGUCUACCAACCUACUACCUAUGACCUUUAUAUAUAUAUAUAUAUAUAUAUAUAUAUAUAU